AUGACGACAAUUCUUAAGAACGCGAAUGAUCAUUAUUCAAACGAAUCACAUCCGACAGCUAAUCCAGGUCCAUUAGCUCUAAGUGCAUUUGCGAUGAAUACAUUUGUAUACUCGUUAUAUCUGGCCCAAGCUGCCGGAGUAAAAAAUUCAUCAGUCGGCUUAGGUUUAGCUUUGUUUUAUGGUGGCGUAAUUCAAGUCCUUGCUGGUAUGUGGGAAAUGAAACAAGGGGAUACUUUUCAUGGCACAGUAUUUAGUUCUUAUGGCGGAUUUUGGAUAUCUUUUGGAUUUAUCAAUUUUGAAGGAUCCGGUAUAAUAAAUAAUUACAAAGGAGAUACUGAAAUGUUUAGUAAUGCUCUCGGGGUCUAUCUUGUAGGUUGGACAAUAUUUACCUUUUUCAUGUGGCUUUGUGUCCUACGAACAAAUUGGUGUAUAAUUACUGCUUUAUUUUUAUUAUUCAUCACUUACGUACUUCUCACUAUUGGCGCUUUUACUGGAAAUGACACCUUUGAUCGUAUCGGUGGUGUAAUUGGAGUUGUGGUUGCUUUUAUUGCUUGGUAUAUGGCUCUCGCGCAACUAAUGAACAAAGAAAUGACUUAUUUCACCCUAUCGCUUUUCCCAAGAUUUCCUCCUAUUCAAAACGAGGAUGCUACGACUUAUACAUUCGAGGUCGACCCAAUGACUUGCUCAGGCUGUACAAAAGCUGUUGAAAAAGCAUUAAAGAACCUCGGAGGUGUGGAUUCAAUUAGUUUCAAUCUUGAAAAAAAGAUCGUAACCGUUGAAACCGAAAGAUCUCCUAAUGAAAUUAUCGAAGCAAUCAGCAAAACAGGGAAAACAGCCGUUACAAAAUCUUAA